AUGCAGCAGUACGGGUGCCAGGACCUAGUCCAGGAGCUGGACCAUCUCCAGAACUUGUGCAGCAUGCUCCCAGACAGCCCAGUGGCAGCGUCAAUGGCUUCCACCUUCUGCACAAAGCUGAAAAGCUACCAGUCCUGGUCCUCCGAAGCCAUCUGCCAGUUGUUAGCCAAGACCCAGGCUUCAACUUUCCCUGAAGCCAUGAAGAGUGGCAUUCUGGAUACCAUCCAGAACUUGAGCACGAGCCAAGGAUCUCACUUGAAGCUCGUGAACUCCGGCCAGAGUGUGCCCAAUUUGGCGCCAUACUUGACCCACUCAGAUUGGACAGCCUUGACCACUUACGUCACCCAGACGGACCAGUUGCAGGUUUUGGCCAAGCGGCUGAAAGGCAUGGGAGUCCAAAGCCUGAAGGAAGGCACCAAGGCACAGGCUGUGGCCGUAAUGUUGAUGGUCCAAUCUGGCCAAGGCAGGCCAUGCCUCAGCCCAGACUCCAUCAUCUCUGCCGUCGCCGACUUUGCAGCGGUUUUCCAAGCUUUGCCAGCGACAAGUUGCCCGGGAGCAGCGACCGACCCGGCCAACCCCAACGAGAUGGGAGAAGUCUGGCUGGGAAAAGCUUACCCCACGGACAAGCCACUGGGCCAGGAGCCCUGCAUGGCGCCAUGGCUGAAGAAGGUACCAUUGCGGAACACCCAUGCGUCCUUGGCGGCCAACAAGGGCACCAGGUUCAGAGGCAAGCGACCACCUGCAACGCCACAAGCGGCCAUCACGUUUGAAGAAGAGCUGGAGCAGCUGAAGCUCAAGCACGGUCACCAGCCCAAGUCACCGGCACCACUGCCACUGCAGUCUUUCGGGGCUCCCACCAAGACGGUCGCAGCUGCAACCGCGAACCAGGUCUUGCCGUGGCUGCCACCAGCCCCUUCCCAGCCAACUGCAGCUGCCAAGGCCGAAGACACCAAGCCACCCACAGAGACUGCUGGCAAGGAGACUGCGGCCACAGACCCCACAAAGAACGACCAGUCUCCCAAGCAGGAGAAGAAAACUUUGGAGCAGUUCGAAAAGGAGGCCUUCGCCAAGCUCCAAAGCAAGAAGAACGAGACCAAGAAGCAGGCCAAGGAGACGAAGCAGUCCAAGGGCAUGAAGCGGCCAGCUGCGGCACCGCAGCUUCUUACUUUCAAAGCCGCUUUGCCAGCUCACUCCCAGAGUGCACUGGCUGCUUUUGUCGACGCCGCCAAGGAGCAAGGCCUCCCAGAGAAGAGCUCUUCCAAUGACCAGCGGAAAGCCAGGGACGAGCUUCUACAGAGCUGCCAUGGUGGGCCACUGGGUCCUUUGAUCCAAGAAGCAGAGGUCACCACCGAUGAUGGUGCCAAAGUCACCAUGUAUUUUGCCAACCUUUUGGUCUACUUGGCCAGCCUUUUCCAGAUGGGUGGAAGCUUCCAUGAUCUGGUCCAAAGGAAGCACCGAGCCAACCCAUCAUCGGUCUCCAAGCCAUGGCAACUUAGUAUUUAUUCGGACGAGGUGAUUCCUGGAAACGUGUUAGGACCAGCCCAACGAAAGUUGUGGGCGAUCUAUGCCAGUUUCCAAGAGAUGGACCAGUUCCUCCACCACGAAGACCUCUGGCUCACCAUCUCCCUGGAAAGGUCCAGCUUCGUCAGCCAGGUCCAAGGCGGCGUUGGCCAGAUCAUGUCCAAGAUCUUGGAAGCCAUCUUCGCCAAUGCCCACAUGGAACCACAGGCAGGGUUUUUAUUGAAAAGUCCAUGUGGCCCAGGUUCCGAUGUUCGACUGCAUUUUCGGUGGGCCAUUUGUCUUGCAGACGGUGCUGCCCACAAGCAGAUUUGGUCCAGCAAGGGGGACGCAGGCACAAAAUUCUGCAUCCUUUGUGCCAACAUCCACUCAGGACAACCCACCACUGGCGACGACGAGGACACCAUGGACCAUCGCACCACCAAGUACAGCCAGUUGGUCUUGACCACUGACGAAGACGUCGUCCAGUCCUUCCACAGAUUAAACGAAAGGCGAGCCACGUGCAGGACCAAAGCUGAAUUCUCGCAGUGGCAACAAGCCACCGGCUGGACCUGGAAUGCCCAUGCCUUGCUCCUCAACCAGACUUUGUUGGCCAAGAACCAGGUGAAGCCAGUCAGCCAAUUCUGCCAUGACUGGAUGCACGGCAUUCUGCAAGGAACGGCCCCGGUCGUGCUGUUCCACACCUUCCAUGCCAUCUCUGAGCACUACAACAUUUGGGAGGCCAUGGGCCCAUACAUGGCCAUGUGGAACUUUCCAGGUGCUACCAAAGCCGGUCACUUGGCCGGUUUGUUUGACGCCAGCAAGGUCGCCAAGUACAAGAGCAGCCACAAGUUCAGUUGCCAGGCUUCCGACCUGCUAGGCAUUUAUCCAGUCGUUCGCCAUUUUUUGCAUUCUGUACUUGUGCCAAGCGGAACCUGCCCAAAGCCCUGCCAAGCUUUCCUCAGCCAGGCCUGCUUGUUAGACCAGGUUCACCAAGGGGUCAUGUAUGGGGCCACCACCAGGGCCAGCCUUCUGGAGGCUGCGGAAGAGUCCAUCCAGAGCUUCCAGCAGGCCAACUUCGACGUGGGAUUGAUGAGGAAGUGGCAUUGGCUCUUGCAUCUUCCAGAUUUUCUCCACCGGCAUGGCUGCCUGCUCUCCACUUUUACCAGCGAACGGAAACAUAAAACAAUUUCGGCUUUCGCCACCAGGCUCCAGAAGACCACUGCCUUCGAGAUCCACUUGAUGAAGCAAGUGCUCGCCAUGGAGAUCACCACGUUGACAGAGCCCGGGCGGUUUCCAGACUCCUGCCAGUUGGUGAAGCCAAAGAAGCCCAACAAGCAGCAGCUGCAAUUCCUCAACCAGUUUGUGGAUUGCUCCGCGAGCGAAGCCAAGGUUGCUUCCGUCGCGAGGCUCGCAAGGGGUGGUGCCAUCCAUGCCCAGGACGUCGUGGUUUUCCGCCAGGACAACGGAAGAUGGGACCUGGGCCAGGUGCUUUUCCAUUUGGAGCUCGGAGACGACAAAGCCACACUCGUCCAACGUUGGAGGCCAACAGAGACACAGAAGACAAAGCAGUUCGCCAAGUGCUCCAUCACCAACGAGCAAGGCUUCGUGACCAUGGACUCCAUCCUGUACCCACUGGUGUACAGCAAGACCUCGGAGAGCGAGGCCACUGUGCUGCUACAAUACCAGCUGUACCACAGGCUUUGA